UCCGGUUUAAAACUCCCACGAUCUGUCAUAAUAAAUUUCAGUAGUGUAUAACGAAUUCUCCCAUUUGUCUGGAACGAUCUGCACUUUUACGCUAUGGACCAGGGACGAGCGAAAUCGACCAUGGCCACAGGACCAGCGGUCACUUGCAUGAAAACUCUUUUGAUGGUGUUUAAUUUUCUGUUUUGGAUCACUGGUAUUGUAAUCCUGGCACUUGGCAUUUGGACCAAGGUGGACUUGUACAAGUAUAUGGAGCUAUCGUCCAUCUACUACAGAGAGUCACCAUAUGUCCUAAUUGGAGUUGGGGCAGUCAUUGUUCUAGUCGGCUCGCUUGGCUGCUGUUGUACUAUCAAAGGGAAUUCCAUUUUACUAUAUAUGUAUGCUGUUUUCCUGGUCGUGGUGUUUAUAGUAGAACUCAGUGCCGGAGCAGCAGGGUUUGUCUACCAGAGCAAGUUGGAGUCUGGCUUCAAGGAAGGUCUAGAGAAGGCUCUCCAUAAAUACAAGGUGGACACUGAAAUAACAGGAGCCAUGGAUGACCUUCAGUCUCAGCUUAAGUGUUGUGGGAUCCAUAGCUAUUCGGACUGGGUAAACAGGACUACCACCACUGAUGGGAAGAUCCCUACUUCGUGUUGUAUUGACCUGAACAAGUGUUCCUCUGAACCCUUACCAGAAAAUGUCAAAGAUUGGUUCUCUAAGGGAUGUUACUCCACCGUUGUAGAUUUCAUGCAAAGUAACAUGGGAUUGAUCGGCGGCGUCGCCCUGGGGAUCUCUUUCUUCCAGGUGUUUGGUGCGCUGCUAUCAUGUUGUCUCGCAAGGAACAUCAACAAGGCCAAGUACGAACAGGUUGCUUAGGACUUCGGCGAUACCAGGAAAUUUUGUUUGUCAGCAUCAACAGAUGUUCAUCAAAUGUAUUCAAAAUUUGAGAUUCUUUAUACACAAAUACUGAAUUAUAACUCCAUGUUAUGUAAAUAUGUUUAACAAAAAACUCUACAGAAUUUCUAGCAAGUAGCUUCAAAGCUUCAGCUUGGAGGUACAAGUCAAACAAAGCUUUGAAGUGAGACAGAUUUCACAAAAUUUGUAAUAAAAAAGCAUGUCUGACAAAGCUUUUAAAAUAGACAGAUUUCAUAUUUUUUCUCAAAGCCAAGCUAAUCAAAGCUUUAUAGGUUGACAAAUUUCUCAAAAUUUGUAGAAAUUUGUAAAAGAGACAAUUUCAAAAAUCCUACUGUAUCUUAAUCUGCAUUACAAGUAUAGUGCUAUGUUUAUUUGUGUAGUGAAUCUUAUUUAGAUUGAAAGAAAUGUUGUAUCAUUGAUGUGUUACAACUUUCAAAACAAAUAAAAUAAAAAGUUUCAAUCAAAUUACUGAAAAUUCAGCAAAACAAAUUACACACUAAAACAUGAUUGGCAUGCAGAAAAUCAAAUGUAAAUUAUUAUUAGAUAUUUAGACCAUUCUUGUCAUGGUAUUUGAAUAUAAAAAUUUAGUAGGUCACAUUCUUAAUGAACAGUUUUUACAGAAUUAUCGAUUGAAGCUUAUUGAAACCAAGGUUUAUUCAAAACAUCAUUAGUACGGAUUUAAAUGUGUAUUAAAUAUGUUUCUAAUAUGUGAGUAUUUUAUUUUUUACGUUUCUUUUGUAUAUUAACAGUUCAAUGCUUAAAGUGUGCUUAAACUUUUCUGCGCUUAGUUCUUUGUUUAACAAUGAAUUUAUACUUUUAAACGAUUUUUGAAGAUCUGAUAAAGUUUAUUAUAUAAAUUAAGAAAUAUAAUAAACUGUAUGGUACAAGAACAGCAUAAUACUUUAAUCUCAAAAAUAAAAAUAAACCAGGUUUUAUUAUUUUUUUCAUAGUCAUUUUUUUUCUAAAUCAAAAACCAUAAUGGAUGGAAGUUGAUAGUAUUAUAAUCAUAUACCAUGCAAUUGUUUGUGUGUUUGUUGUUGAAGAAAAGUGUAGUAAAUUGACAUUUUAAUUCAGUAUUACAGCAUUAUUUGAAUUUUAAACUGUAACUAUCUGUAGAUCACUAAAAGUCAGUUUAUGUUAAUUCUUGGCUAUACAUUAGUACUGUUAAAAGAGAUUCAUGUAAUACAAUAUAAAAGAACUGAUACAUAUAAAUAUUAAAUGAAUAUUUUCCUCAAAUAUCAAAAUUAAUUUUUGAAAAUGUACAUAUCAAACAAUUUAAUUACUGACAUAAUCCAGGAUUUUUUUCAUUAUUUGAACUUUUCUUCUUUAGACAUACGAUAUAAAAUAUUGAAAUACUCUGUCUUUCAGCAUUUCAUUUUAAAAGCAAAGCAUAAUUAUCAAAAAAGAUGGGUUUUUUUUGUAUAAUUCAAAUCAAAAAGUAUUAAUCAAUUGUAUAACCCCACCAAUAUAUACCUAUUGAUGCCUCAAAAUUUUUGACAGAAAUGUAACUUCUUUGAUGGAAAACCCUUUGAUGGAGAAACCUCAUCCAUUGAGAUAUUUUAGUUACAUGUAUAUUGAUAUUUGUCGUCCUUGUGUAUCAGAUAUAAAACUCUACACUCAUGCUUGCCUUGUCUUUCCUGUCAGUCCUUACUAGGCUUAGCCUGAUGAGAUUUGUGUUUUCACAAAACUUGUUUCUUUUAUUGCCAUGGUUAAUGGGACCAUUUCGUACUUCCAUGAAGACUUGGUUGCCAUGGUUACUGGGGUAAUUUCGGACUUCCAUUAAGGUUUAGUUGCCAUAGUUACAGGGGCCAUUUCAUACUUCCAUGAAGACUUAGUUGGCAUGGUUACUGGGGUAAUUUCAGACUUCCAUUAAGGCUUAGUUUUCAUGGUUACUGGGGCCAUCCCGUAAUUUCAUUCAGAUGAAGUUGAACCAUUUAUGGUAGCUGCCUUUAUUUUGAAAACUAUCCCAAAACAAACUGUAUAAACUUUAACAAAUCACACUUGAUCACCUACUUGUACUUUGGUAACCAGGACCAUUUAGGUAGUUGCCAUGGUAACCUUUAUGUUUUACUGCCUUUUAGAUUUAGUUGCCUUGGUUACGGGGACCAUUAUGUUGUAUAUCCAUUUUUAGAUUAAUCUAUGAUAGUUGAAUAAUAGCAAAACAAAUAUUUGUUCCUAUGAUAAUUUUUCACUGUUGUUAAAAUAAAAAAAUCGGAGUUUGCUAUCUAUGUAUAUUUUUUGUUAUCUUGGUUAUAGAAAAAAAAAUUGUUGCUAUGGUAACCCAAUUCUUAUGGUUCUGUAGAGAGCUAUUUUUAUCAUGAUGAUACCUUUACAAUAUUGAUUCAAAGAUUUUUGAUUAUGAAUUUACAUUUGUAUGUGCAAUAUGAAAGGAGAAAGAAUAUCGUUGUUCAGAAUGGAUUUUAAGGACAAUUUUAACCAUACAAGUUUGCCAUAGUACCUGUCUGCAAGUAUUACGCAAACAAAUUUAUUUUCUGUGCUUGUGAAUAUUAACUAACUUGUUCAUUCUUAAUGUUCUAGAUUAUGUGACUGUGAUUGAAUACAAAAAAAAAUCAUGUUAAUGUUUUUCAAACACGUAUUAUUUGAAUCUUAGCUUUUCAUCAUCAUUUCAAUGUGUAGAUACUUACUUUGUUAUGUCUCAAGUUUUUAGAGUAAAUCCAGAUAUGUUUCCUUUUCAUCUUCAAGUGCUUGUCAGGAAUGGAAAUCUAAAAAAAAUAUUUACUUAAUCCUGCAAAAUACAACUUCAGUUGUCUGGUGAACUGUGUUUUGAAUACAACAGAAAGAAAUGAAACAGUUUUGAAAUGAAAUUUUCAUUUCGUAUAAUUUAGGAUUCAGAAUACUUAUUCUAGAUGUUUGUAAUAGUAUGAUGGUUGAAUAAGGAUGAAAUGAUCCUACAGUGGAAUGUUUUUAUAAGAAACAGGUCUGAUGGGGUUAUUCCAAUCCAAAUUAAAUACAGUGAAACCUGACUUUACCGACCACCGACUAGAAUGACAUCCUGCAAACAUCCAACCGUAUCCACCAGAGUGGUGACAUGCUCCACUGACUUUGCUGACACUGACUUUACUGACGCACUGUCCUAUCCGACACAUUUAUUCAGUCACAUAUAGUGUCAGUAAAGACAGGUUUCACUGUAGUUAUACAUUAAAUGGUAUCUCGGACAUAUUUGACAUACUGUAUUAUAAUUUGAGAUAGCUGGUACUUCUGUAAGAUCUACAUGUUAAAGUAAACCCUGUUUUUCAAAACUUAGCUGUGAAAAAUUCUGUAACAAAAUAAAUGCAGCAUUAAGAAUAAAACUAGUUUAAUAGCAUUAAGUGUUAAUCAUAUUUCAGCUUAUAGUGAUGGCAGUUGUUGUAUGUCUAGGACAUUUUGUUUAUUGUAGUCCAAACAAUUUGACCAAUUUGUUCAUUUAUGAAAUAAGGCUGAACAGUGAUAUGACGUUGAUUUCUGGCUAGUCUCUGAUAAAAGAAUUUCAGGCCUGUAUUAACGUUUGUAGGUUAGUUGAGAUUUAUGCACGAAAUAAAAAAAUUGACAAACCAGUUUGUCUAGCAUAAUGAAAUGCCUGAGGUGAAAGGUUGUCAUGAUUAACAAGGUCUUUCUGUCUCACCAUUUUGCUAACCUUAUGUCAUGCAUAAUGUCAUCCUGCGAAUCUCUAUCGAUUGUUGCCAUCUCUUUAAUUUAAAAUUAGCAUUUCAAUUUCGUUAUCGAUCUUUCUAGAUUACUAUUUUAACAAUAUUCUGAUGUCAUUCAUAAAGACAUCCUGCUUAUCUCUGCCGAUGUUGCCAUUUUUUGCAUUUUAAUUUUGCUCCUCAACCACACAUUUUUGAAGAUGUGAUACAGUUGUAUUUUGUUCAAAGCAAAUUAAAUUUUGCUACCAAUCUUUCUAGAUUACUAUUUUAACAAUAUUAACCACUAUAUCAUCCUUGAACAUUUCGCUAAUUAAAAGUAUUUUUAUUAAUUAUAACAAAAUGUACUUAUAUAAAUAUAUUGGUAAUUUACUUGUGUGUGUUAUAUCUAUAGAAAGUAUAUUUGACCUUUCCUCGUUUUUGUUAGGAAUUUUAAAGAUUAUCCUUGUUAAGUAUAUAGUUAAGGUAGAUUAUAUAGAGGCAUUUUCUUCAGUACAUACAUAUUUGUAGUAGUGUUGUAUUGAAAUAAACUUCGUCUAAAAUCGUUA